AUUGGCCCGCGAGACUGAGGACGCAUUCAGCUGUGAGAGAAAUUCGGCUCCGCCGCAGAUUUCGUCGUCGUCGCGGAUAUUUCGCGAAAAUCCGCUGCAUUUACGCAAGUGACGCUGGUGUGAGUCGUCCUAGAUGACUACGAUCAUGCAACAGUUCGUGGACCCCAACAAUGGCAGGCCGUACAUCGAAGAAAUUUACUCGACAGACGAAGCCAAGUGUCUCCACGCCUUGAUUUGCUUGAAAAACGCCGUGAUCGGCAGCAACAGACAAAAGGGGUUCGUCGUGCAGCACGGCGUCAUCUCCAGGCUCAUCCAGAUCAUAUCCUGCGACUCGUCGCCGGUGAGCGUCAGGAUCGAGGCGACCAUAAUCCUCGGCUCGAUCGCCAAAGGCACGGACGAGCACGUCAAGGCGCUCGUGGACAUGAACAUCAUCCCUCUCCUUGUCAAAGGAGUCCUGGAAGACGGCGACGAAAGCAGUGCUCGGCUGGUGGAGGCGUCCCUCUGCUGCUUGCGGACUCUCUUACAAAGCGGGCUCGCCCCCACCGGCACCCUCGCUCAGGACAGUGAUUUUGUACAACACUUGCUCGCGCUCCUCAGGGCAUCGAUAACCUCUCAAAUGGCCAUCGCCACUAUUUUAACCGCCGAGUGCAAGACGCCUGAGUGUCAGGACCUGCUCUCUGCCCACGGAGCCGUUUACAGUCUAACUGCGCUUCUCUGCUCUCCUCACCGCAAAGUUCAAAUGCCCGCCCUCUCUUGCCUGGCCAAAAUCAUCUUCCAAAAUCGAGGCGUUGCCUUGGCAGCUGCUUCGGCAAGCUUCGGAGGGAGACCUCUUCCGGAUAUUUUGACCAGUCUGAUGGCGCAAGACAUGCCGAAAGGCAUGCAACUGUCCGCCGCCCGGUGUCUGACGUAUUUGCACCGGGCGGGCGCGCUCAGCGCCUCGGACGACAUAAUCAAAGGCAAGACCCUGUCUUGCCUCACGCGGCUCUGCGACAAAAACCACGACAACGGCAUCAAAGCCAUCGCCGCGGAAACGCUCGGCUACCUGACCGAGGUGGACAUGAUCCUGCAGAAGGACGCGUCCAUCCUGAACCACCUGAUUACCAAUCUUGCUAUGUAUUUUAAAUAUGCAAUGGAAGAAGUUCCGCCUUUGCAAGCGCAACUCCGACAAGCAGCGUUUCGGGCGUUCGCAUCUCUCGGCGCGAACGACGAAGACAUUAGGAAGAAAAUCAUCGAGACUGAGGGCCUAAUGGAUCACAUAGUGUGCGGCCUUCAGGAUUCGAGUCCUGGCGUCAGGUUAGCUGCUAUUAGAUGCCUUCACUCUCUGUCAAGAUCUGUACAACAACUCAGGACCACUUUUCAGGACCAUCUGGUUUGGAAACCUUUGAUGAACCUUUUAAAACACGCAUCGGACGAUGACGUAGUUACAGUCGCCUCUUCUACGCUUUGCAACCUUUUGCUUGAGUUUUCCCCUUCGAAAGAACCAAUUUUGGAGCUUGGAGCCAUCGACCUACUGUGCGGCCUGACGAGAAGAAAGGAAGCAGCUCUCAGGUUAAACGGGAUAUGGGCACUAAUGAACAUGGCGUUCCAGGCGGAGCAGAAGAUUAAAUCACAGAUUCUCAAAGCGCUCGGCACGGAGCAAAUUUUUAGGCUGCUUUCCGACCCUGAGGUUAAUGUUUUGAUGAAAACGCUCGGACUGCUGAGAAACCUGCUGUCGACAAAACCUCACAUUGAUCAAAUCAUGAACCUGCACGGCAUUCAAAUCAUGCAGGCGGUAAUUUUAAUCCUGGAAGGGAACCACAGUGCAGAGGUCAAGGAGCAGGCUCUUUGCAUCCUCGCGAAUAUUGCCGACGGCGACAGUGCCAAAGAUUUUAUCAUGACCAAUGAAGACGUUUUAAAGAAAUUGGCCAGUUACAUGAUGCAUUCGAGUGUAAAAUUACAAGUGGCCGCUAUAUUCUGCGUGUCAAACCUGGUGUGGAAAGAGGAGAACGGAGCAUUGGAAAGGCAAGCUAGGUUGAAGGAAAUGGGCGUUCACAAACUGCUGCAGCAGCUGAUCAACACUUCAGAUACGCUUUUGUUUGACAAAGUCAAAACAGCAAUGACCCAGUUUUCUGAUUCAUGAUAUUGUGAAGAAGAGGACGAUGUGAUAUCAAAUUUGUUAGACGUGCUCAUGGCAUUUUCAAGCCCCGAGUUAAACCACCCACAAGCCCACAAGUCAAAUUUCUCACAUAUUAUGCCUCCCUAACUUAUUUUAUGUCGUGUGCAAAAUUUUACAUUUGAAUUGACCUGGAAAAAGCAAUAUUGACACUACUCCUGAACUCGCAGUUCCACGUCCCCCCGCAGAAAUAGAAUAAAACUUUGAAUUUUAACUUUUUAUCGCCCGAAAUUCCUAAUGCAUUGUCAUGUGUUCUGUCAUAUUAUGUUGGUGUUGAUUUCUCAUUUGAAUUUUGUUAUAGCAAAGUUACAGUGGGAAAACUAUUAAAAUAUUUAAUGCUUACCAUAAA